AGCGGUGAAUUUUGGGACGAAACCCUAACCACUCCGUCCUCGCGAGAAUGUCGACACCUCCGGCUACCAGACCUGCGAAAAUCUCGCGUGUACAUCCCGAGAUUGGCGUCGUUGAUAUUAAUCGACCAUAUCCAUCUGUAACGGCACCCCUCUUUCGAAUUUGGGGCUCCAGGAUUUUCCUAAAACCCUAAACGGUAGAAACCCAUUCCAGUCGGAGAACACAAUCCAGUCCGUCGUCCAUUGUAGAGAAUUCCGGCGGAUAACAACGGCGAAUGCAUUCCCCCGUCCUUUCUGGAUGGGGAUUUUUUCGGAAAACUUCGAGACGCCACAAAUCAAUCGAGUCCUUCAUGAUUGAAGCCACUGCCGGAGAAGAAGGGGACGAAACCGACAUGGCCAGAAUUCGUUCCCUGUUCAGUUUGACUUUCGAGGGAGGUUUUCAAGAGUUUGAGUGGAGAGAGAUCGAUAAAGAAAAUUUGUUGAAGACCGUGCCCAGGGGUUCUAAGACCCCAAAACGAACAAGGUCUUGGUGUCUUAAGUGCACCAACUUUCGGAAAUUGAAAAAACGUUUAGCCCUGUUGAUGCUACAGAGCAGCCAUCUUGACAGUGCCCUUAAUUUCUAGAGAAGCUUCUUGUUGGGUUCUGAUCAAAAAGUUAGAAAAAGUUGAAAAGAUUCGGUGGUAGUCAUUGAUUGAUACACAUUUGACAGCAAAGUCAAUAUGUGGGUCGCUCUCAUAAUCACGUGCCUCUGAAAUUUCAAGCUCACGAAACCACAUUCACCAGAAUGUGAAAGGAUAUUUGAAGCCGAAGAUCAAAGCUGAAAUGGCAGGUUUCUUUAAGCUGCAGAGGCCUUGAUGGACGAUGCAUUUUGAUUUUGGUGGUAUCUGAGGUUGAUAUCUUGAAUUUGGAUUUUAAUCCAAAGUUUGUCUUCCAAAGGUUAUCAUACCAUGGACUUUCCCUUUAGUUCUAAUGUCAAGGAUUUGUCCGAGAGCACGGACACAGAUUCUGCACAAGAAAAUGAGCUAUGCAGUUCUGUUCUAAGGUACAUAAACCAGGUUUUAAUGGAAGACGAUGAUUCGGAAAACAAGCACUUCAUGAUCCAGGACUCCACUGUUGAUGCUGCUGCGAAAUCUUUAUCUGAAAUACUCAAUCAGAAAUGCCCUUCCUUUCCAAAUCAACAUCUUCCCCAUGAGGAUACAAGCAGUAGCUCAGAUGAUAGCAUCACUAACAGUUUCAGUAAUUGCACUAACAGCCUUAUCAAUGCUUACAACUCAGCCGAAUCUGCCCGAAUUAGCAAUCUCCACAAGUAUAAUCCUUUUAACGGUAACUUCCAAACCAAUCCAAAAUCAUUCUUCCCUCCUACCUUUUGUGAUACUGUGCCUGAUUUAGUAAUUGGAGAUGGUGGAAUUCUUGAUGUUGAGAAAAACAGAUUGACCCUUCAGCUUCGUAAAUCUAAGGAAAGGAAUUUGGAGGUGGUGGAAAAGGAUGAAGGGGAUUUCCAAGAGAGUUUGGUUAGGGGAAGGGAAAGUCUUCACCGAGAGGAGAGUGAUUUAGAAGAUGAAAUGAGAAGCAACAAGCAUUUCGCGGACUGUCCUCACGAAUCUGUUUUGAGUGAGAUGUUUGCCAAGGUAUCAAUGUCGUACGAUGGUAACGAGGCAAACGGGGAGAAUAUGGAAUCACAGCAAAAUGAGAGUGCAAAAGGGUCUAAUGUCAAGUUCGCCUACACUAGAAAAGGGGCUACCAAAAGGGAAGCAGUAGAUAUGAGGAGUCUCCUGAUACAAUGUAUGGAAUCUGUGGCAAAUAAUGAUCACAGAAGAGCAAAUAGUCUAUUGAAGCAGAUAAGAUCUCGUUCUUCUCCUUCGGGCGAUGGAUCCCAAAGGUUGGCAUAUUACUUUUUCAACAGCCUCAAGGCACGCUUGUUGGGCACUGGAAGCCUGACCAAAGUCCUUUCCGCCAUCAGUUUGUCGAAUGCUGAUGUGUUGAAAGCUCAUAAGCUCGGCCUUUCGUCAUUCCCCUUCAUGGAAACAUCAUAUUUCUUUUCAGCCCAAUCGAUCAUGGACCUAGCUCAGAACGCAGAUGCUAUUCACAUUAUUCAUUUUGGUAUUGUUUAUGGGCUUCAAUGGCCUCCACUUAUUCAGCAACUCUCGACAAGGCCUGGUGGCCCCCCUAAGCUUCGGAUCACAGGAAUCGACCUUCCUGUAGUGGGUUUCUGGCCCGGUUCUAGGAUGAAGGAAACAGGACGGCGGUUAGCAAAUUAUUGCAAGAGGUUUAGUGUUCCUUUCCAGUUCAAUGGGUUUGAACAAAAUUGGGAAACUGUUAGUGUUGAGGAUUUGGGAAUUGAGAAAGGUGAGGUGCUUAUUGUCAACUGUGCGUUUCAGCUGAUGUACCUACUUGACGACACGCUUAUGGAGCACAGUCCACGCGAUGCUGUUCUGAGCUUAUUCAGGAGGAUUAAUCCGGAUAUGUUCAUCCAUUCGAUAGUCAAUGCGGCUUAUAAUUCCCCAUUUUUCAUCUCCCGGUUCCGCGAGGCUUUAUUCCACUACUCUGCAUUGUUUGACAUGUUUGAGGCCAAUGUGCCGCGCGAAAAUGAGGAGAGGAUGUUGUUUGAGAGGGAAAUUUGGGGGAAUGAGAUUCUGUGUAUCAUCGCCUGCGAAGGAUUGGAGAGAGUUCGAAGGCCAGAGACAUACAAACGGUGGCAAAUUCGGACUCAGCGGGCCGGGUUCAGGCAACUUCCCCUGAGCCAAGGUAUCAUGAAGACAGUGAAAGCUAAGGUGAAAAACUGCUACCAUAAGGAUUUUUUUGUUGAUGAGGCUAGUAAUUGGUUGUUAGAGGGAUGGAGGGGGAGAGUCUUAUAUGCUCUCUCCUGUUGGAAACCUACCUAGGAGUUCUUCAAUUUUGCUUGACAUUUCUUAGUAGAAAGGGGAUGAUUGGUUUUUGUAUGUACAUUUUAUGUUCUCAACCAGUAAUUAUGUUUUUGUGA